GCAGUCCUCACAAGGGUCUAAUUUCUUUCCCGUUUUGCUGAAGUGGAUGAUCACACAUCUCCACAGCCCUAACCCUUGAGUGGAAAUCCUUCUUUCGAUCUUCCUAUCGGACCACUUUCUCAUUCUUUCGGUUUGUAGGUUUUUUUUCGGAGGAUCUGCUGAAUUUUUGCGAACCGGCGCUUGUGUAUGGAGUCCGAGGACGAUAUGCACGACGCCAACGAGGUAGCGUCAGUGGAAGAAGAGGAUGACUAUUAUAGCGGCGGCGAAGAAGAGGAUAUGGAUGCGGAGGGAGAUGAUGAGGAAGACUACGGCUACAGCUAUGACUAUGCUAAUGAGGAAGACGACGAUACCGGAGAUUACGACUUUGUAGCCAAUUACUCAGACGACGAUGACGAUACUCUCCACAGUCGGUCACAGAAGAGCUAUACCAUUUUAAAGGAAGAAGAUAUACAGCAACGUCAAGAAGAAGACAUUACCAAAAUUGCUACUGUCCUUUCAAUUCCAAGGGCAGCCGCAUGCAUACUAUUGCAACGUUAUAACUGGAGUGUGAAUAAUGUUCAUGAGGAAUGGUUUGCUAACGAAGAAGCUGUUCGUAAAGCUGUUGGUUUAUUAGAGAAACCACUUGUCAAGUAUCAAAGUUUUACUGAAGUUGCCUGUGGAAUUUGUUUUGAGAACUACCCUUGCAAUAGUCUACGUGCAGCUGCAUGUGUUCAUCUUUUCUGUGAUGUGUGCUGGAAAGUUUUCCUCUUCUCUGUUGCGAUGGCUAGGAGGUCUUGUGGUUUCCUACUUUCUGUCAUUUUGCUUCUGUUGGGAGCUAAGAUUACUUACAUUAGCACAUCCAUCAACGAUGGCCCUGGAUGCUUGACUCUGAGGUGUCCUGAUCCAUCCUGUGGUGCUGCUAUUGGCCAAGAUAUGAUUAAUGAGUUGGCAUGUGAUGAAGAUAAAGAAAAGUAUAAACGCUAUCUUCUUCGGUCGUAUGUUGAGGACAGCCGCAAGGUUAAGUGGUGCCCUGCUCCUGGUUGUGAUUCUGCUGUUGAAUAUGUUGUUGGCAGUGGAAGCUAUGAUGUCUCUUGCAGUUGCUCAUAUAGCUUCUGUUGGAAUCUGGUGGUAAAUCAGUGCUCUGAGGAAGCUCAUCGGCCAGUGGACUGCGAAACUGUGACAAAGUGGAUUUUAAAAAACAGUGCAGAGUCAGAAAACAUGAAUUGUUGCUGGCUUUGUAUUUUACUAUCAGAAACAGCUUUUCAAGUCAACUCACGUUCUGAAGUGGAGUCGAGGAUACUCUUAUCUGCUUCAGUUAUUUGGUUCUUCACCAAAUGCCUGUUCCUGAAGGUUCAGUUACCUGGUACAUCUGGUAUCCUGGGAUAUGGUCUGUUGUUUCUGGUUAUCUGGAUAUUGGCCAACUCCAAGCCUUGUCCAAAGUGCAAGCGUCCGAUCGAGAAGAAUCAAGGUUGCAUGCACAUGACUUGCACACCACCCUGCAAGUUUGAAUUUUGCUGGCUAUGUCUUGGUGCAUGGUCAGACCACGGUGAGAGGACAGGGGGUUUCUAUGCAUGCAACCGUUAUGAAGCAGCAAAACAAGAGGGAGUGUAUGAUGAAGCUGAGAGGAGGAGAGAGAUGGCCAAAAACUCUUUGGAAAGAUACACUCAUUAUUAUGAGCGAUGGGCUUCCAACCAAUCGUCAAGGCAAAAAGCUCUAGCAGAUCUGCAUCAGAUGCAAAGCAUACAUCUUGAGAAGCUUAGUGAAGUACAAUCACAACCAGAGUCACAAUUGAAAUUCAUUAUAGAAGCCUGGCAACAGAUAGUUGAAUGUAGGAGAGUGCUCAAGUGGACUUAUGCAUAUGGGUACUAUCUACAUGAGCAUGAAGAUACUAAAAAGAAAUUUUUUGAGUAUUUGCAAGGUAUGUCUCCAAGUGAGGCGGAAGCGGGUCUCGAGAGGCUUCAUCAGUGUGCAGAGAAAGAGCUAAUGAAUUACCUCAAUGCUGAUGGGCCAUCAAAAGACUUUAAUGAUUUUCGUACAAAGCUUGCUGGUCUAACCAGCGUGACGCGAAACUACUUUGAGAACUUGGUGAAAGCACUGGAGAAUGGUCUUUCAGAUGUAUCUCAGGCAGCAAGUAAUAGUAUGACAUCAUGUUCCAAAAACGUGGCCGGGACUAGUAAGAGUAAAGGCACAAAGGGGAAAGGAUCUUCGAAGUCAGGUAGAAAUGCAGAUGAUUCGGUUAAUUGGACAUGCGAUCAGUGUACCUUUGUGAAUGUACCAUCUGCAAGCACUUGUCAUGUCUGUCAACACCGUCCAUAGACAUGAGACACAAGGGUUUUUUUUUUUCUGCCGAUUAAUGGAUUUUCAAAGAUCCUAACUUAAGUAACAGCAGCAAAAUGGCUGAAUCAUUUNUAUGAUGAAUCGUACUA